AUGUACGCCCCGAAAAUCGGCGACACCCUCGACGAGCUCGACACGCCGAGCAUGAUCGUCGACCUAGACCUCAUGGAACAAAACAUCGCAAAUCUCUUCUCAACCCUCCUCCCAACAGGCCGAAACAUCCGCCCGCAUCUAAAAACCACAAAAAGCGCCGCCCUGGCGCACAAACUCGUCGCUGCGGGGGCAAAGGGGUGCUGUGUCGCCAAAGUCUCCGAGGCCGAGGCGAUCACCGCGGCGGGGUUCGACGAUAUUCUGAUUACCUGCGAGAUUAUCGGGAAGCAGAAGGUGGAGAGGCUGGUCGAGUUGUAUAAACGGCAUCGCGGGAUCCGGAUCGUGGUGGAUAGUGUCGUUGGUGCGACGGCUAUCAAUGAUGCGCUUCAGGCGGAGGGAAUUAUGGAGCCGAUUUCCGUCCUGGUUGAUCUGGAUGUCGGGCUGCAUCGCACGGGCGUGGCCCCUGGUGAGCCGGCGCUGGCUCUUGCUACACAUGUCAGCACACUCCCCAUGCUCCGCCUGAUCGGCGUGCAGGGGUACGAAGGGCAUCUGCAGCACUUGCACAGCCGCGAGGACCGACGAACCCAGUGUCUCGAGUCCAUGAAGACUCUAACUGAGACAGCAUCCGCGCUCCGAACCGCGGGCUUCAACAUACAAGUCGUAACAACCGGCGGAACAGGCACGGCCGAAUUCUGCGCGACCGUCCCGGGGGUAACCGAGCUCCAACCGGGCUCCUUCAUCUUCAUGGACACCGACUACCGCAAUGCCGUGGGGACAUUCUACGCGAACAGCCUGACGAUUCUCGCGACGGUUAUCAGCCAGCAGGGUGAGCGGCGGGUCACGAUUGAUGCGGGGCUCAAGUCCCUAACGACGGAUAGUGGGUUGGCCGAGUGUAAGGAUCCGAGGUAUCGGCAUGAGAAUCUGGGGGAUGAGCAUGGGGCGUUGAGUUGGGAGGAGCGGACGCCGGGUUUGGUGAUUGGGGACAGGGUGGAGAUGGUGCCGAGUCAUAUUGAUCCGACGAUUAAUUUGCAUGAUGUUUACUAUGCGCAUCGGAGGGGGGUUAUUGAGGAGAUUUGGGCGGUGGAUUCGAGGGGGAAGGUUCAGUAA